CAUAUAUUUUGCGACUUUAUAUCCGUUCCACUUUUACGCAGCUUUACGUAUUUUAAAUUCUCCCCGGUUUGCGCCAUUCAACUACGCGCUACUACGCGAACCAAAACAAAUACUCGUGCUCUUCUUGCGAGCCGUUCAAUUGGAAAUAAUUCCGCUUCCUUAAAUUGCAUUUCCUCCCACACCUGGGAAUUAAUCUACCCUUUAGGAACGAUUAACUGCGUAAAGUGACAAGAACGAGGACUCAUUUCCUCGCAUAAUGGUGAAAAAUCGCGAGACUGCGAGUCGAUGAAGUAUCGGCCGCCAUCUUGGUUCGCAACGCGCAGCAACGGCGCCCGGAGUGAAGUGUUUCUCGCUCGUAUUAAAUCGGUCUCUGGGGUGCCAAUAAUGCCCGAGUAUUUCCCGGAGAUUGACUGAUUCCUUCCGGGAGCAUCGCAAAAAGCGACGAGAGCACCGCGCCGGAGUAAAGCGUGCAGAGUUCGCUAACCACUCCCUCGAUUCAACUGUUUAAUUUUUGUUAGCGAAGCCAUCCCCGCAUAGUCUGAAACUGCAUUGAGAAACCAUGAAUGCCUCAGAACAUGGGUUUAACCCAGCCUUUAACAUGGCCUCCAUAAAGCAGGCUUUCAACGAAGCUGUGGAAAGAGUCUCGACAGUGAGAAUGCCAGCUCCAACACGACUUCGAGACUUGAUCAGGCAAAUCAGGGCAGCACGAACAGCUGCGGAAGAACGUACCGUAGUCAACAAGGAGUGUGCGUACAUCAGAUCGACCUUCAGGGAAGAAGACAGUGUAUGGAGAUGUCGUAACAUUGCAAAAUUGCUCUACAUACACAUGCUGGGGUAUCCAGCACACUUUGGACAGCUAGAAUGUUUGAAGCUUAUCGCCUCACCAAGGUUCACAGACAAACGUAUUGGAUAUUUGGGAGCGAUGUUGUUGCUGGAUGAACGACAGGACGUUCACCUCUUAAUCACAAAUUGUCUAAAAAAUGAUUUAAACAGCUCGACGCAAUUCGUAAUUGGCUUGGCUUUGUGUACUCUGGGGGCGAUAGCCUCACCAGAAAUGGCCAGAGAUCUGGCCUCUGAGGUGGAAAGAUUAAUGAAAUCGCCGAAUGCGUAUAUCAGGAAGAAGGCGGCCCUUUGCGCAUUUAGAAUCAUCAGACGUGUUCCCGAACUGAUGGAGAUGUUUCUGCCUGCAACCCGCAGCCUCCUAACCGAAAAGAACCACGGAGUUCUGAUAACCGGCGUCACACUUAUUACAGAAAUGUGUGAAAACAGUGUCGACACUCUCAAUCAUUUCAAAAAGAUCGUGCCGAAUCUCGUGAGAAUCCUGAAGAACCUGAUUCUCGCCGGAUAUUCACCUGAACACGACGUAUCAGGUGUGUCGGACCCUUUCCUGCAGGUGAAGAUCUUGCGUCUCUUGCGGAUUUUGGGGCGCAACGACGUGGAUGCUUCGGAGGCAAUGAACGACAUCCUGGCACAGGUCGCCACCAACACGGAGACGAGUAAAAAUGUUGGGAACACUAUUUUGUACGAGACGGUACUUUCUAUUAUGGACAUAAAGUCGGAGAGUGGCUUGAGAGUCCUGGCUGUGAAUAUCCUGGGCAGAUUCCUGCUCAACAACGACAAGAACAUUCGUUACGUCGCCCUCAACACGCUCCUGAAAACAGUUUACGUGGAUACUACUGCCGUGCAGAGGCAUCGUUCUACGAUUUUGGAAUGCUUAAAAGAUCCGGAUGUGUCGAUACGAAGACGAGCGAUGGAGCUCAGUUUCGCCCUCGUUAAUACAAGCAACAUCAGGACCAUGAUGAAGGAAUUGCUGCUGUUUCUAGAGCGAGCGGAUCCGGAGUUUAAGGCGCAGUGUAGCAGCAACAUAGUGAUGUCUGCUGAACGUUUUGCGCCGAAUAAACGCUGGCACCUUGAAACCCUGUUCAAAGUUCUGGUGGCUGCUGGUAACUAUGUACGGGACGACGUAGUGGCAUGCACCAUCCAACUAAUAUCAGAAACUCAGGCGCAACAGGGUUACGCCGUGGGUGCAUUAUGGCGUGCACUCGAAAGAGACACCUCCGAUAAGCAGCCCCUGGCUCAAGUUGCAACAUGGUGUAUCGGAGAAUAUGGGGAUUUGCUGCUUUACGGUCCUCCCGUGGAGGAUGUCGACGCGCCAGUUAACUUGACCGAGGAUGAAGUGAUCGACGUGUAUCAGAGGUUAUUGUGGAACCCACAGAACACGGUAGUCACCAAGCAGUAUACCUUGCUGUCACUCAUGAAGCUCAGCACGCGGUUUCAGAAAGGAAACGAUACGGAGACUCAAUUUUACAGGAAAAUUCGGCAGAUCAUAGACACGUUUGGCAGCAACCUCCACAUAGAAUUACAACAACGUGGCAUAGAAUUUUCGCAGUUGUUCCGAAAGUACGAGAACCUCAGGCCAGCGUUGUUGGAGCGAAUGCCACCGAUGGAGACGGCAAGACCGCAAGCGAAUGGCAUUAUUGGAUUAGUCAACGGGGAACCGGAACUCGAGGAAGACAAGUCGCCGGUUCUUGAACAAGUGCCAGCACCCGUUUCUACGGAUUCGAGUGCGCUCCUGGAUUUACUUGGAUCCACGGACCUGGCGCCGGUGACGAGCCCAGUUUCCGUGAACGCGCAAGUUACAUCUCCUACGGUCAGCAAUAACGACCUUCUGGAUUUAUUGGGUGGCCUCGAUUUAUCCUCUCCAACGUCGGCCCCGUCGUUGCCACAAAUACAACCAACCACGCAAAUAUUCAGUCCGACGAACACCUCGAAUUAUUUGGUCGACGGACUGUUGACCUCUACGACGACCCAGAAUGAAGCACCUAGUUUGGUCGUAUUUGACAAAUUGGGACUCAAGAUAACGUUCAAGCUAGAACGAGCGUCGGAAAACCCCGAUCUACUAGUAAUCAACAUGAGUGCUCAAAAUUCCAAUCCUACGCAGUUAACCGACUUUCUCUUCCAAGCUGCAGUUCCUAAGACGUUCCAGUUGCAGAUGUUGUCGCCCUCGGGUACGGUGAUUCCACCAGCGGGUCAAGUGACGCAAGUACUGAAAGUGACAAAUGUCAACAAGGCGACCCUGAGAAUGCGAUUACGCAUUUCAUACAACGGGACGUCAGGACCAAUAUUGGAGCAAACGGAGGUGAACUACUUCCCCUCUUUGAUGUCGCAGUGACAACACACAAUACAGAAACCAACUGUACAUACGCCUGCCUAAUAAUUAAUCGAGCCUGAGUCAGACCGAGGCCCAAUCUCACAUCCACAAUCAUCGACUUUCGUCGAUCGAAGCGAAGAAACGUCCCGUUAAGCUCGUUCGAUAAGAGCUUACAGGCUGACUUAGCGUCAGCUACCAUCCUCGAGAACAAGAAACACGAGAGGUGCUUCAAAGACUUUCACCUGCUCGCACAGCCACGAAUCGCCCUGUAUGUAUUAUAAAAACUAAACACGGUUACGAGUCGAAGGUGGUAACGAUGCGACGUCAUUGACACAUACCGUAUUGAUUCGUUCACAAACCCCACGACGGGAAUGAUCUGCGAAAUUUCACUAUUUUUGACAGACUGAUAUUUUUUACAAGUUCGUAACCACGGAUACGAGUCGUCGAUGACAUUUCUAUUGCUAACGAAACAGUAGGCUUCACAAUAGACUGCCCGAUCCAACGUGCCAGACUGCAAUCUCUGAUCGGAACCGGAAUUAUUCCUUUGAUCUACGGUUACAAUUGCUCAUCGAUGCUUACAGAUCUGUAGUACCUCUCUCAACUACCCCCUGUCAAUUUUCGCUGUAUUGAAAAACCGUGUAAUAAGGCUCAGAGAAAAAUUGGAAAAUGAAGUAAGUCAUUCGCUUUAUCUACCUUUAACUGGACGUUUCUUUAUCGUCACGUUAUGCAUGAAGGUUUACGGUAAUUGAGACGGGUACCUUGGACAGCGUGGUAACCUUCGGGUAUUGUCGAUUUUGUUCUCAUUCGCUAUCGUUACAGUUUUUUACUUGAGAGGCGCAAGAGCAAGUGGAACGCUCGAGGAGCUCAGAUAUAUCACAUAUAUUUUUGUAUAUAAGGAUUCUACUGGGCCCGUGCGCCUGUCUCUCAAUGUACAUCUCCGACGACGAAUGAUACUUGAAAUUAAAUCCCCCCCCCCCACUGUCGCUUAACUCGGAAGUUUAUGUAUAAGAAUCAAGACGGUACGGCUUUUUGUAGCAAUGGCGAAAACAGUUUGUCAAAGGGCGAUGACGGUGGAACUCAAUUUUCGGAGGAAAUUGGAGCGAGCUCACGUCAAAGGGGCGUCUUGCUCGCUUAAUAGACGCAUUUUCCUUUUCUACCAUUGCUUGUAAUUAACCGGACGGCGGAGAGGGAGGAGACACGAUUAAUUUGUACAUAUUAGAUAGUUAGCGUCGCGCGAGAGAUCGCGCUUUAAUAAUUGGGGAAGCGAAACGAAUCGGGAAAUUCGUGUAAUAGGUGUACACAAGCGAUAAUCCUCCCGGUCGACGUUGUUACGGUAAUACUUAUUUUUUACGUCCGUCAAAUUAACGGGCUUGCAAAUCGCCUAUUGCUUUGAAGUUAUCCUGAAAUUAUUCUAACAAUGGUCGUAUAUUGAAUGUUUUUAAAGCCAUCCGUGCGUUUGUUAACUUGUCGCAUGUUUUUUUUUUUUUAUCCGCGUAGAAGGUUUGUUGACGGUUUAUCGUUCCGCGAUAAUCGGAAGUAAAAAACGUAAAUGGUAGUCUACGGUAAUUGUUGAUAACUAAUUGUGUAGUGCGAUAAAUCUGCAAAGCUCACUUCUUCUCGCAGUACUCGAUUACAACUUGAUUUUGGAUAGAUAUUUCUUACACGUUGGAAAUAACCAAAGUGCACCGCAAAUUAAUAUAAGUGAUAGGUUUGGGAAUGAACAAUUGUUUCUAAAGUGACUGGUGAUUUGCAGCCCUGGAAAUUAAGUUCAACUUGAGUAAGGACAAAGAUUUGAUGCGUAGAGGAGGGUUUCUACAUUUUUUCAGUAAUGCCAAUUCUGGUAUAACAACAUUGAAGGGCUGAGCGCUGCUUAUCCUUACAUUUUGAUAAAUAUACAAAACAGAUAAUUAAGGUUGUUUUUAAUUUCGUCUGAAAGACGGUAUGCUGUUAUGAAGAUAUACUUGAAAUUCCACAAGAGUGAGUGUUGAGAUUUGCAGGAGUUGAUUGUUGAUAACAUGACGAGUCUAGUCUAGUUUUCAUUCUAACUUUUGCGGAGGUUGCGGUAUUGUUUCAUAAUAGUGUACUUGAAUUUUAUUCAGCUCACGCAAGGACGGGUUUAGAAUUGUUGGACGUAAUAAAUGUCAAUAAUAAGUAAUGGGACCCAUUAAGAAUUUGAAUGAAUGAAUUUUUCGAAGAUCCCUUUGCACCAAAUUUUUUACUAUUAAGGUUUACAAAAGAAGUUAUAAAAGUUCCUUUUUUAAAAAUAUCGAAGACUUUUCCACCGUUUCUAAAAUCUCAACAAUUGUAAAUUCUUCUUUGCUUGGAGCAGGUCACCGAUAUUUCUUUGCUUUAAAUGUUAUUGUAUCAUUGAAGAAGAGAUUUGGGUGAACUAUUUUGUGCAAGCCUUUUACGCGAUUCAUAAUGAAGCUCCAAACGAAGUCUGGCAUUGAAAAACGCGUAACAUAACCUCUCGGUUAUUAUCCAAUGUUAACAUUUUUCGCUCCUCGUGCAAACUAGAUCUAAAAGGUAUUUCAUGGCAGAACGUGACGGAAUCAUGUACAUAUUUUAAUUACGUAGCGUCGAAGGUUUGUUGCAUUUUUUAAACGUUUCACAGGUAACAGGUGUAGAAGUAGAGAGGAAUGGUUGCGAUAUAAAAUUUACAGCUACUGUGGACCCUGUUAAACAGAAAUGUUCAGAAGUUAGGUAGAUAAACGAUGCAAUAAUGUUUAGUGUCCUCGUCGCGAUUAACGGAGUCCAUAUUGGCUGAAUAAAUUAUACGGGUGUUUGCAUGAAUUAAUAAAAUGCAAUUUCCGAAUUCACGUCGAUGUACUUAAUAAUGACUCUUUGACUGCAGCACUCCACUUGGUUCGUUUGGUCUUACGAGUUGCAAACUUAACGUUUCGCAUUGAAAUGUACACACUUUUUAUUACAAUUCUGCAAAUUUUAGUACCUCAAAGGACAAGGAUUCUAAUGAGUUUCUAUUUGCUUAUUUUAUUGCGAAUUCAAGCCCUGUGCUUACAGUGCAAUUAAUGUAAAAUACAUUUCAAUUGAAUAUAUCAUAACUCCACAUAGAGAUUAAAGUAUUGGAAGAAGUAUUAAAUCAUUUGUUAUGUUGCUGAUGUAUAAUCUAGGUGUUAUGAUGAUAAAGUUGAAUAACAAUACUGAUACUUUAUACUUUAUUGAAAUUCAUUUAACGAACUUGUACUGUCGACACAGGGUUUAGGCUUUAUAGUUUCUUUAACAAGGCAGGAGGUAUGUCGUGCAAAGUGGCUUCACUAUAAUUUUGGUGGUUCUUACGAUAGAAACACACCUUAUGACUUUAUCAAUAUGAUCGAAUGUAUUUUAUCUCCGUCCUUUAUAUGUUGUAUAAUAUGAAUGCUUGAGAGUAUAUCGAAUCGUAAAGCUGGUGCGUGCGUAUCGGUGUGUGGCCUUUGUCCUCAAAGUCUACGACGUGCAGUGUCAGCCCUUCAAUGAGGGCUCGAGGCCUGCCUACUUGUUCUUAAUUACACUAGUUUUAUAAAUAUAAUUAUAUAAAUAUAUAUAUAUAUAAAACAAUUAUGAAGAGAUAAUGAGUACCGAUAAAAAUGCUGUAUAUACUUUUUAGUGAAUCAAGGUGUGAAAAUAAAAUGUAUUUUUAUUCCAUGA